CGUACAGAGCUGACUGGAUUUCUUCUAAGUCGCCGGUUACUUUGACCAGCCACUAUUUAUCGUUAUAAACUGAGCUCCACUUUCUUGUAGAUAAUCGCUCAUCGCUUUUCCUAGCUCUAAGGGACCGUGCUGCAUCAUCAUCAUCAUCAUCAUCAGAAAGAGAAGUAGCCAGAACAACAGCCGCUCAACUGAAGCGUACCAACAUAAUAACGUAAGGAAUCAGCUGUGUGUGUGAUUUAAAAACGUGGAUUAUGGAGAAGUUAUCAGAUCAAUUUUAGGAUCAUUUCCAGACUAGAGAAAAGUGCUCAGAUCCACCGGGAUGGUUGAAGAGUUAUAGCAAGGAAAGUAAUCACACUCCUAAGUAAGGCACUAAUGGAGAAUGAGACCAUCCCUUCGGGCUACGUCCCACAUUACCUUCUUCGAGGAGAUCCCUUUGCUUCCAAGCUGUCCAAGGAGGCAGAUAUAGUGGCGGCGUUCUACAUCCUUAUCAUCGGUAUCUUGUCAGCCACUGGAAAUGGUUAUGUCAUAUAUAAGACCAUCAAACGGAAGAGCAAGUUAAAGCCACCAGAGUUCAUGACACUGAACCUAGCUGUGUUCGACUUUGGCAUAUCAGUCACUGGAAAACCAUUCUUCAUAGUGUCUAGUUUUGCCCAUCGCUGGCUGUUUGGCUGGCAGGGCUGCCGCUACUACGGCUGGGCCGGCUUUUUCUUCGGAUGCGGAAGUCUCAUUACCAUGACGAUUGUCAGCUUAGACCGUUACUUGAAGAUCUGUCAUUUAAAAUAUGGUUCAUGGUUCAAACGGCAUCAUGCCUUUCUAUCUGUGGUUUUUACAUGGAUCUACGCGGCCUUCUGGGCCACCAUGCCAGUGGUGGGCUGGGGCAACUACGCACCUGAGCCGUUUGGCACCUCCUGCACGCUGGACUGGUGGCUGGCCCAGGCCUCGGUGUCUGGCCAAAGCUUUGUCAUGUGCAUGCUCUUCUUCUGCCUCAUCUUCCCCACCUGCAUUAUCUUCUUCUCCUAUGUCAUGAUCAUCUCCAAGGUGAAAUCCUCAGCCAAAGAAGUCUCUCAUUUCGACACACGGAACAAGAACAACCACAUCUUGGAGAUGAAGUUGACUAAGGUGGCGAUGCUGAUCUGUGCUGGGUUUUUAAUAGCUUGGAUCCCUUAUGCUGUGGUAUCAGUGGUGUCUGCUUUUGGAGAGCCUGAUUCAGUGCCUAUCUCGGUCUCUGUUGUGCCAACUUUGUUGGCCAAGUCAUCUGCUAUGUACAAUCCAAUCAUAUACCAAGUCAUCGACUGUAAGAAGAAGUGUGCAAAAUCAUCUUGCUUUCAAGCUUGGAGUAAAAAGAAACACUGCAAGACAUCAAGGUUCUACUCCAUCUCCGCCUCCCUGAAACAGAGACCAGCCAAUGAAGUUCCAACUGAGAUAUGAGGAAAUGACAGGAACUCACGAUGGCCUGUGAAAGGACACUGGGCAAUUUGUUAUUGUGCAAUUUAGUCAUCAACAGUUCACACCUGCCUAACUUUGCCAUUUUAUCCUACUACCGUCAACUUCACAUACUCUGCAAACACAUCUAUAAAGUUCAUCUGUGUCUGUAUAAAAUAACUAUGUGGAAAAUAUUAUGUAUUUUUUAUUUUAUUAUUAUUAUUAUUAUUAUUUGUUUGUAUUCUAUUCCAGCAUUCACAGAACCACAAUGUACUGUAUAUAUCAUCUGCUUGAAGUCUAAAGUGGCGUCACUUUUCCACAAGUCUGUGUUCAGUCUAUUGUAUUUUAUUGAAACUGGUCACACACACAUCUAUACAACAGUAUGGUCACAGAUAAACAACAAUAUAUAGAUAUAGCUAUACACAGUAUACACGAAAUGAGUGCAUAAUGUUGUUAUUAUUAUUUAUCAAAUGCACCGAUGCACUGUUUGAGACUAUUUAAUUUCGUUUAUAUUUUUAUAACAGAUAUACAGUAGGUUGAUAGUUUCAGGGCAUGUGCAAUGAUUAUAUACGUACAUCAGAAAUUUUACAUUGAAAGGUGUCCCCCAAAUAUUCAGUCCAUGGUCUUAACAAUUUUUAUGUUUUCCUCAUUUUAUUUUUAAACAUUUAUCUCAUUUAACAUUCUUAAAUAUUAACCUUUUUGCAUGUUAUCAACCUGCCGAAAGCCUCUAAGCCUCUAAGGGGUCAUAUGAUGCGAUUUCAAUUUUUCCUUUCUCUUUUUGGAGUGUUACAAGCUCUUGGUGCAUAAAGAAGGUCUGUAAAGUUGCAAAGACUAAAGAAUCAAAUCCAAAGAGAUAUUCUUUAUAGAAUUUAUGAGUCAACCUCGUCCUCCUAAAAUGGCUCAUUCAAACACGCCCACCACGUCUACAUCACGAUGUGGGAAGAUUUGCAUAACACCGCCCAAAUGUUCAAGCAAAGAAAGAAUACGUAACUUUGAGUCCCGCUGUUGCCGCCUGCACUAUGUCAUGCUGUGUGUUUCGUUUUCGUUGUGUUUCUUUUGGUCUUCCAAAAGAGGACACAACUAGAAAUCAGUGGUUAAGUUGUAUUUACAACACUGUUCCAGAACAGUUCAAUCUAAAUAGUCAGAUGUGUGCAGCGCAUUUUAUUGAGGACAAGGACUGUUUUCGGUGAGAGUAGCCUACAAUGCCGGUGUCUGUUUUUAGAAAGUGGGGCAGUUACAACUUUGCAAGGACAGUCUGGUGUUUCUGACUCACAGUCUGUAAGUAUGACUUCAUAAGUAAAGGAUUUGACAAUGAAGGCCUAAAAUGAACAUUUACUGUAUAAUGGUGUUUUAUUAUUUGAGAGAGGCUUGUAAAUAUUCAAAACAAAACACUAGCACAAUAAUGGCUAAAUAGAAUUAAAUAUACAAAAGGUUAAACUUAUUUUGAUGCAGAUCACUGUUUUACCUGAAUGGCAACCAGUAAGAUUUUUUUAUCAGGAGGUUUGAUUAUACAAUAUACAUAUUAUCACUACAAAAAUUGUUGCAGAAAUUAAUUACAAAGAAAGAAGUACCAUUGAGUUUAACAUGAAAUUUGGAAAUAGACUGAAAUAGUUUUGUUUUUUACAUCUUUGAAAAAAAAAAUAUUUCACAAUGUAGAGUGAUAAAAACUAAAUAAACAAAGGCGAAUUGUUCAGGAAUAUAUUUUCUUGGAAGGCAAAAUAUUUAGUAGAAUGUCCAGGUUAAUUUUAUAAUUUUUUUCCUUUUUUUUUUUAAGCAGAAAAAUCAUUUUGAAAAAAGUGAACAACAAUUCAAAAAGUGAACAAAAAGCUUUGAACCUCAACUGAGUAAAUGAAAUUUUUUAAUGAAAGUUUUCUUUUUUUAAUGCUUCAUAUAGCUCAGACAAUGGUUUACAAUGGUCUUUAGCUUUAUUGUAAAUGAGUGGCUUUGUGGUGUGCUCUUAUCGACGAAAGCUAGAAUAAAGUUUACCUUGCAAAUGUAUGGUCUGAUCUUGUUGGGUUCAGUACUGAGCCUCUGAUAACUGUAUUACCCAAGGUACUUCAAAUCCUUUCAGGCUUUUGGUAGAUGAUCCUUAUAGUGUUGGUUUUCCCUGAACAGUUUAUCCCAUUUUCAGCUGUUCAAUAUAAAGCCAACAUCUUUUUUUUCUGAUGCUUUCAUGCCAAUGUGACAGAGAGGGUGACUUCCCCUGCAAAUCAAUGCCCCAGUUGCAGGAAGUAGAUAAUGCACUGGAUGCCUCACUGCCUGCCUUCUACUGUCCUUGUCAUAAUGCAGUUUACAGCAUGCAGGAGCCAGAAUAACAACCAGACAAUGUGCUAAAAGACCCUUCAAUUUCCACUGAAAGCUUUAAAAGCCACCUCUCAUGUUGUCUUUGAGUGAAAUUUGAAUUGAAAGCCUUUUCAUGUA